AUGUUUUUAACAAGAUCAGAAUACGAUAGAGGUGUUAACACUUUUUCACCAGAAGGUAGAUUAUUUCAAGUAGAGUAUGCACUUGAAGCUAUUAAGCUUGGUAUUGGUGUUCAAUGUGAAGAAGGUGUUGUUUUAGCAGUAGAAAAGCGUCUUACAUCACCACUUUUAGAACCAUCAUCAAUUCAAAAAGUUGUAGAAAUUGAUUAUCAUUUAAUUUGUGCUCUUUCAGGUUUAACAGCUGAUUCAAGAACUAUUAUAGAUCAUGCUAGAAUUGAAACUCAAAACCAUAGAUUUAAUUAUGAUGAACCAAUGGGUGUAGAAUCAUGUGUACAAUCAAUUUGUGAUUUAGCUUUAAGAUUUGGUGAAAAUAGAUCAUCAGGUGAAGAAAGAAUGAGUAGACCAUUUGGUGUUGCAUUAUUAAUAGCAGGUGUUGACGAAAAAGGACCAUCAUUAUAUUAUUCAGAUCCAUCAGGUACAUUUACACAAUUUAAUGCUAAAGCAAUUGGCGCCGGUUCAGAAGGUGCUCAAACAACACUCCAAGAAAAAUAUUCAAAAACUCUUACUUUACAAGAAUGCCAAAAACUUGCAUUAACAACUUUAAAACAAGUCAUGGAGGAAGCCAUCACCACCACAAAUGUUGAAAUUGCAGUUAUUACUAAAGCAGAAGGCAAAUUUAAAAUUUAUGAUAAAGAAGAACUUGCUGCUGUUAUUGCAACUUUAACUGAAUAAAUAAUAUUAAUCAUUUUUAAAACAAAAACAAAAGACACAACAAUAACAAUAACAGUAACAAUAACAUCAACCCCUUUUUUUUUAUUUUUAUUAUUUAUAUUCACACACCCUUUUUUUUUUUUUCAAAAAUAAAUUUUUUAAAAAACCACACACAUCAAUCAAACCAAAUCCAACCAAAAAUUAUGUUUACAUUUAAAAAUAAAAAUAUAACAACGAAAAAUUUGUUUUCAUUAUUUAUUU